UCGGCGCACGAGACUUACGCCGCCGGCAGGACGAUGAAUGAGUUGCAAGGCUUAUAGAGUCCAGUCCAGGCUGUACACAGGCAGGGCUGCACGAUCAAGAGCCUAUAUAGAAACCGAGAUUGAAUUUACUCGGCAGCUAUAAAGUAAAGGUCCAGUGGAGUAAUGAGCUCGGGAACGGUAAAGCCGCGGCGAGUUCGCUCGGCCAAAGCGAGGCUGACUCCCACGCAGCCACCCUCCGGUCUGCUAACGAAGGAAGCGCUGGAGAGACAGGCCUCGGCCAAGGCCAACAGAGACAAACACAACGGCUCGGAGAAGGUGUUCCCGCGCCCAGGAUCCCGCAGCUCCAAGGAGAGAUUUUCCACCAUGUACUCCAAGGACUUCGACGGAACCUACGCACCUGCGGCGGAACUGAGGCCAACGUCUCCCACUCGAAGACACAACCCUCACCCAGGGAAGCAAUUCAUGGUGUGGCGGCUGCCUGACAGAGAGAUUGGAGUGCCUCAAGAACCGGAGGGUCUUGAGCUGCCUCCUGAAUACAUCACCAGAAACAGCGACUUUGAUGCCAUUGAGGAUCUGCACGGUGGCCUGGGAGCUCUCAAACUCCCACCUCCCCAGCCUACCAGUCACGAGUACGGAGCCUACCUCCGACAGCAAAGACAGCAGAGGGAGGCCUUGCAGAAGCAGUUGCUGCAACCCGGAGUCAGGUCACACGCUAUGGGUCCUGAGGUAUUGGAGAGGACAAUGAGAGAAGAGAUGGCCCCCAACCUCCAGGAAUGGAUGCAGGCUGCAACUCCUGAAGAGAAACACACCAUUUUGAAAAUGCUCAAGUCAGCAGAAGAUGCCCAAAUGGAUGAGACCAUUAAUGAUGUGAUGCAGCCUUCUGCAGCAAAGGCUGUUAGAAAGUGGAUGAAAACAGCUGACAAUAAAGAGCGCCAGGUGGCUGUCCAUCUGUUUAGCUCUCUGGGGCCUCGUGCGGGACGACCUCGCUCCAUGUCUGAGCCGUCAAUCCGUCCCCUGUCUCGCCAACCUCUCCCUCCCUACCUAGCCCCUCCCCCUCCCCUCCCUGGGAGUGCAAGAGGCCAGCGACUGCAGAGCCGACAGCAAGCCUCGAGAGGCGGGUCCCGUGGUGCCCAAGCUCCGCCCCCCAAACCCUGGCCGGCCGGACUCUGGCACCACCUACCUGUGAGGGACCCUCCGCCACAGGUCUACCACAGGGGGGCUCUAUUUGGAGGUGUCCGUGGCGAUGCAUCUCACUACAAUGUGCACCCCGAAUGGCCCGACUACUAUGGAACGUCUCUCGGCAGUGACGUUGUGCACUAAAUGGAGUUUAUACUCGGAGCAAAACCACAGACGCUAAUUUUUGGUGCUCUCUGUAAUGUACUGCUAAGUAGUUAUGUUGACAAUCUCAUUUUGGCACAUCGUUGAAGUUUUUGUUGUAAUUUUCUCCCUGUAAUUAUGCAUACCUAGCUAAGCGCAAUCUGCAAGAGUUUACAAGUGCUAUCAUUUUAUUCUGCCACAAGUGAAGUUUAUGUAUCAUGGUCACGUUGUAUUACUGAAAUUCUUUUCCAUGUUUAAAUGUUUAGAGUCACUAAACCUCAAGAUAAUAGCAGAACCAAUUGACUGUAUACAAAUUAACAAUUCUAUGAUGCUACAAUAAAGACACGACAUUGAUAUUAUAACACAUAUACAGCCAUAAAACUCACAUGAAUAAUUAUUUAUAACAAAGAGCCUUCUCAAAGACACAAUGACAAAAAUAGGUAGCUCAAGAGGGCUUUAGCUAGAGUACAGUCUACGCCGUGGGCCACUCUGGGUGGAUGGCAAAGUGUCUUCCUCUGUAUUUGUGCGGUUGGGUGAAGACUGAGCCUGGAAAGAUGACUCUCAACUCCUCGGUGACUGGACCAGGGAUCUUGUGGUGCCACAGCUCUGGGGUCCCGCUCCCCUUCUUGGCUCCCAAUCCCUUCCCCACCAGUGUCAUGUCUCCUCCACCAUCAUCUUUCCCUGGCUGGGCCGAGCUCUUGUGAGACUUGUGACAGUGGUGCUUGUGGUGAUGAUGGUGGUGGGAGUGGUGGGAGUAUUGUGAGGAGGUGUGGGUGUGGUUCUUGUGAUGGUGUGAUGCCUUCGGACGAAGGCUGAUGGGAUAGCUGUAAGACCUUUUGAACAGAGCAGAAUGUGUCACCAGAUAGCAACUUAUCAUGCUAACUCUUUCUAAGUGGUACACUACUGUUCUGUAGUCAUACAUGGU